AAAAUACUCAUUGUUUGAUUUCACUGAAAGAUGAAAGUAUAAAGAAUUACAUUGAGGGUAAAAAAACCUCGAUUAUUGUUUCUGAAGAGUCACUAGAAAAGAAAAGGAAGCAUCAAAAAAAGUUUGAUGAUAUACGUGAAAACAUUGCAUCGUUGAAAGUUUUAACAUCCGUCGAAACUUUUGCAGUUUUCCAAACUAAUUUGAUUUUUCCACCUAUUGAAACCUCAGAAUUAUUCCAAGUAACCUAA